CAUCGGUGACCUGCUGCCGACAACUUGCCCAUGUGCUUCGAGUGGAGCUCGCUCUGACGUCUAACCCUUCUCCUCGACGUAUAAAAGCGAGUGGAAAUUCUUGAAAUUCUGCAUCUCAAAUUACUGCACGACAUUCUCAUCAAACUCUAACACACGAUGAAAUUCACACUUGCUACUGCUCUUAUCUCUGCCCUUGCCCUCCAAGCGUUUGCAGCGCCCGCGAACGUCACAUACGACACUGCGUACACCAAUCCCAACUCGUCCCUGGCCAAUGUCGCUUGUUCUAACGGCGCGAACGGUCUCUUGACCAAGGGAUAUACCACCUUCGGCUCCAUCCCUUCAUUCCCCAACAUCGGAGGAGUUCCAGGCGCCACCUGGAACUCCACGUUGUGCGGCACCUGCUGGAGCCUCCAAUACACCACGCCCAGCGGCGUCCAAACCACCAUCAACAUCACCGCCGUCGAUGCUGCUUACACAUUCAACAUCUCCCCGCAGGCGUUCAAUAAGUUGAAUAAUGGCACUGGCUUAGAGCCCGGCAAGAUUGCGGCUAACGUCACUCAGGUCGCCGCGAUCAACUGUGGCAUGUAGUGGCAUGCCAUUAUGUUGGAGAGUUUUCUGGUGUGCUGGAAACGGUUGAAAGUAUCGCAGAAAGAGGUUCUCGAGUCUUUGGUUCGUGGGCGGGGCAACUUGUAUGUUGUAGCUUGUACAUUGUUGCUUGUACGUUGUGGUUCGUUAUUCUGAAGUAUGUGCGAUGCGAUGUUUUUUGGGAAAGUAUUAGUUACUCGACGAGCAGCUCGGUGUGUUAUAGAAGACCAGAAGGCAGUAAGUUCCCUAGCUAUGACUUAUGAUGGUUCGAACUCCAAUGCAUUUAGCUUGAUAG